AUUUGCACUAUAAACGUCAACAUUCAAUUUGCAUAACGCAUUGCAACGAGGCCCCAGGCGCGACUCCUGACUUCCAAAAAUGGCAGCCAACCUGCGUUACUGCUUCAUUUCAGAAUGGUUAGAUCCAGCGUCUGGCAUUCUCUGGAAGUAUCAGCUGUUCUACUAUCCGGAGUCGAAGGAGGUGGAGAUGGUGGACAUCAAGAACCGCCGGCACUUCCUUAAACGGACAAAGUAUGAGGAGCUCAAGCCCUCCCUCCUCUUUCUGGGCUCGGUGGUGACCGUUUUCAGCCGGCAACUGAAGCUCACAGAAUAUGGUGAUGAGUUCACGCGCAACAGAAUGGAGAGCCAGUCGGAACGGACACUAGCCAUGAUCAAGCCGGACGCGUACAAGAACAUGGGCAAGAUCAUCAAUGCCAUCUGCCAAAGCGGGUUCCUCAUCAGCAAGCUUCGCAUCGGCAAGCUGUCCAAGGAGGAGGCGGGCGAGUUCUACGCCGUGCACGCCGGUAAGCCCUUCGUGGACCGCCUGACGGACUUCAUGUCCAGCGGCCGCGUGGUGGCUAUGGAGCUGGUGGCGCCGGGGGCCAUCCGCAAGUGGCGCGAGCUCAUCGGCCCCACCGACAGCAACCAGGCCCGCGCGGAGGCGCCCGGCUCGCUGCGCGCGCAGUUCGGCACCGACAAGACCUUCAACGCCUGCCACGGCUCCGACGCACCCGACACCGCGGCGGAGGAGUGCAACUUCUGGUUCGGCCCCGGGCGCUACCCGGGCAAGUGCGACCUGGCGGCCGGGACCACGCUGUGCCUGGUCAAGCCGCACCUGGUGGCGGACGGCGCGGCGGGGCUGGUCAUUGAUCUCAUCCAGGAGUCGUUCGAGGUGACGGCCGGCGGGCUGUACAACCUGGACCGCAACGCGGCGGCGGAGUUCCUGGAGGUGUACAAGGGCGUGCUGCCGGCGGGCGACUUCAACUCAAUGGUGGAGCAGCUCACGUCCGGCGCCUGCAUCGCGCUGGAGGUGGCGGACCGCGACGGCGCUGACGCCGUGGAGCCGUUCCGGCAGCUGGCGGGGCCGCUGGACCCGGAGUUGGGCCGCGUGCUGCGGCCGGCCUCGCUGCGGGCGCGGUUCGGGCUGGACGCGGUGCGCAACGGCGUGCACUGCACCGACCUGCCCGAGGACGGCGUGCUGGAGGUCAACUACUUCUUCACCAUCCUGCCCACCGCGUCGUAGCACGCGCGGCGGGGUGCUGGUGGACAGGGGUGCUGGUGGACAGGGGUGCUGGUGGACAGGGGUGCUGGUGGACAGGGGUGCUGGUGGACAGGGGUGCUGGUGGACAGGGGUGCUGGUGGACAGGGGUGCUGGUGGACAGGGGUGCUGGUGGAGGGCUGGCGGGAGUGCGGCGGUGGACGGGAGGAGGGGCAGGCCACCGACGAUGCUUCAAGGAAACGAAAGCGCACGAUGCCGGGAGAGGUUGUCGCAGCUAGUUGGAAUGGUGUGGAGUGAUUGGUGGCGCUGGUGUGAGGGCUUGGUGGCUUGAAGCACGUCCUGGGAUGGGGUGGUUGGGGGGGGGGGAGUAUGUGCCCGAGCCCAACGACAUAGGAAAUGGGGGGGGACUGGACAUGAUGGAGGAGCGCAGGGUUAUGUGGUGGCAUGGACUGUGUUCGUAGGUUGCAGGUUUUGAAAUCCUCAGGCAAUUUGUGAGGUGUAGAGGCGAUGGCAAAUAGGGUGUGGCGUUGCGGACUUGCGGUGUCCGCAGUCCGCUCCAGUGCUGGGGUGUGGCUGGACCCCCGGUUGGUAAUAUGCCGCACGAUGCAAGCAGUAACGUCAUGCUUUUGGCUACCUGUACCUCUGAGCUGAUCCAGGUGAAGCAGCUCUGGCCUGCCGCUCCUUGUUCCAGCAACAACGGGCAACGGCUGGCCGUGGCUCUUGGACGUGGCUUCUGUGGCUCCAAGGCCCUUGUCACGCGUUUGCGUGAGUGCGUGACAGAGCGCAGGGCAGGCAGUCACAGUCUUCUUGGACGUACGGCACUCCGAGCCCUGACACACGGGCAUUAACAUAUUUCGCCGCUUGGCUGUAGGCGAGCACCACGGGGCCCGCAGCUUGUGGUGGGUCUAGCGGGGACGGUUUGGGACAUGGGGUUGUAGUUUGUACCCCCUCCCCCCUGGCAAAGGCUUCCCAAAACCUGGCUUCCAGAUGGAAGGAGAAGCAUUUUAGAGAGGCCUUCCA